GUUUGAUCGAAAGAAGAUCGAAAGUACCGAGGCGUGACUCGAGGAAGAAGGAGAUAAUCAUUUCUUUUCGAGGACUCGGUACAUUUCGUGGUCGUGCCAACUUGGCAACGAGAUGAACAUGCUGCAAGAAGUAGCCAGAAGUAAUUGCCGGUUCCUUCGAAGGAUUAGAAAGCUGUGGCGGAACGAAACGUAUAAAACGCCGGCGAUUGAGCCUCUCUCUUUAGUUCAACUUUAGUUCAACGUCAGGUUGACUUUCAGCUUACCAUGAAGACGAUGAAUAAUUUGGUAAAUAACGACAAAUUUUAUCCGGCAAUCUAACUUUCUUUCGUUUUUUCACCGCGGGAAAUUUUCUAAUCAAAGUCGAGUAUAGUCGGAUAUAUCGUUUAAUAAAUAAUUAAACGAGAGAAAGAUAUCUCGUGGACAACAAAAGUUGAUACUACACUCAUCGUUUGCAAGCGAAUUUAACUUCUCUCUUUCUCUUUUUCUCUCUCUCCCUCUCUUUUCUUUCUUUUUAAUAUUCAGGGUACCGCGUUGAUGCUAUUGUCCGUGGCUUGUAACGUGUUUGGUGGUCGACGUUACAUUGCAAUUCCCGUUGACGGCAUUGACGGUAUCGACGUAAUUGAAGUGAGCCCGAUUGCACCGUUGCUGGCGAGGAUGGCUAGACAAACGGAGGCAUAUGUGCCGAUCGGUGUUCACCAGGACGACUCUUCCGAGCGAUCAGCGACGCGUAUUCUGGAUUACGUCGACUUCGGAGGACACACCGGUUCCAACGGCGCUUUUAGCUGGUACGCCGAUUACCCGGCUCAUCGUUUGUGAUGCAGUUCUAUCGAAAAAUUCCGUCAUUCGUGCGGUAUAUUCGUUACACGAUAAGAGUUGCACGCGAAGGGAAUUGUCCGAAGGAAAAGAGCUGUGAUUUCAAGAAUAUUCAAACAAGAAAUACCCUUUUGAAGCAGGCAAAUCAUUGAGAGACAUCGAGAUACCUCGAGGAAUAAAAGGAACGAAGGACGAUCUUGCAUUGCAAUUCAAUUUUCUUUAUUUUCCGGCACUCGUUAUAUGUACGAUUACAAUAAAUAGCGGGAGGGGGGAGGGGGAGGUUGACAACAAUCUCUUUGUUUUUUUUUUCUUUACGUUAACAUUCAGCUAGAGGGAUUCUAUGAAUCUAGAAAUUCGGUAGAAUCGAUGCGGUCCCUCCUUGCUCUCUGAUCGGAUCCAUCGAUAAAACGAUAGGUGUCUUUAUACAACCAAGUGAAGUGCCCACAUGUACGCGUGUCUCUUUAAAAUGUACAGAUAGGUAUACAUAAAAUACAUACGUACACUAAAACAUCUGUUCAUCGAAAGCUCGUGAAUUCGUAAGCAACGCGCAAUACAUGAAAUAUUAUUAGAUCGAUAAGAAAUUAAUAUCUGUCACUGUCUUGACUGAAAGAGAGAGAGUUGGGUGUCUUCUGUAUUCGCGUUUAGUCCCAUUUAAAAACACACACACACGUCGAGAGCAAGUUUUCGCUGUUGAUAUCGGCUAAACUGUACAUUUGAUCACCAGCCGAGAAACAGAGUGAGGCGAUAUUUAUAUACGAGAAUAGAGUCUAAAAAAGUAACACUGUAUUAGUAUAACCUUCGUCAUUAUAUUUGUGCAAGGAAGAGAAAACGAUCUGUCGGAUGAAAUCUUCGAACGAGAGAGAAAACUUCCAUCUUAACAAGUUCCGUGCGAAAUUGUUCUCCAUGCGUGCACUAGUAAUGUUAAUCAAAAUUCGCUUGGUUUUCCUUAAGUGAGAAACAUAAUUUUCCUAGAUUAGGUAAGGGUUGGCUCAUUCACGGAAACUUUAUCGAUACUUUUGAUUAUUCUUGCUGAAAAUUCAUCAGCGGCUGAUACCUCGGUCUGUCUCCUCUCUUAUUUCCUCGUAUCGAAGAAAAAAAAUCAUAUGAAAUUUAAUUCUCUCAUUCCUAAAACUAAUCGUUUAGCAGACGGUAACGAUGUAUUCACGUACCCCGACUCUCUUCGCGAAUAUUCAUCAGUCAAAUGGGCAAGUCUGAAAUAUUGAAGCGAGGCGGUUCUAUCAGACGAUGUCUUUGGAACUACUAUUUCCGCAGGCAGUGGUGACCGAAGAUAUCAAACAUGUAGCAUUGCACUUCUUUCGUAGUGAGAAUCUGUGCAAUUCCAUCGUGGGAAUGAGAGAA